AUGCUGGCCAGCAGGCCCGCGGUGCGAGAGGGCAUGACUUCCUCGCGCGCGGCAUCCUGCGACUCUGAGUCCAAAACGCUGACAGCGGAUCUCCUCAGCGAGAACAACUUACAAGGCUCGCAGCAGUUGUCCUCGAGGGCUGGCCUGGUGGUCACCCCAGGUGGUUUCGUGACGGCUUCUGGCUGCCAAGUGCGCAGCCGGGUGGCUGCGGGAAUGCGCGAACUGGCCAAAGCACUUCCGGGGCUUGGGCUGGUCGGCUGGAGCCAGGGCUGGUCCUCGAGCUUCCGCGACGGGAGCCAGCUGUGCUUCUUUUGCGAGCGCAUGGAGCCCGGAGAGGAGCGCUGCCCGCAGUGCAAAGAUGCCCGGAGCUGGUCCACCCUCUCUGCCACCUUCAGCAUGAGCUUCGCGGCGGAAGUCCAAGGGGAUCCAGUGCAGGUGGAAUUUGCAAUUGAGGCUGCUGCUCUUCCAUUCGUCAGCAUCAGCUCGGACGAUAAAUUUCACACCGAGCUGGAGAAGCUCAUUUCGCAGACAGAUGCGGUCGAGGAAACAUGCGUCACUGAUGGUGCAGAAACGAUGUCAGAGGUCGAUGAAGAAGAAGAGGAGGCAGUUGAGAUGGGCAUCUUCGCUAAUGGCAGUGUGGCGGUCGUGGAAUGA